CAAGUCCUGCAACACCCGGCCACCUCUCAGACAGCACCGGCACAGCACACAGGCAACUACUCUAUUACCGCAGUCUGGAGGAAAAGGAAAAACCCCGGCUUCAAACUGUUGCACCACGUUUUAAAAGUGGACCUAACGCCUCCUUACUUCUUGGACAUGGGCGAUAUGGGGGAUCCGCAGAAAAGUAAGUGAAGCUGGUUCGUCUAUUCUAUUCUAUUUUGAGUGAUGCAAAACUUCGGCGACAUUAGACUAAUUCGUAGGUCAAUUUGUUUUCUUUGAGGUUUGCCAACGGUUUAUUGUGGUAGCAGGUCCCAUUCAAUGACACGUUUCCACGGAAUUUGCUUUACAAUACCUGUCCAGAGGACACAGUCUUUCAAUGUCAGUAAAGUUACUUUGGAUCAUUGAAUAGCAGUGUACAUUAAACUAUAGCACAUUCACAAAUAAUGUUAUUAUUGUUAAUAACGAAUGUAUAUUAUUUAUAGUAAAUUAUAACAAAUAACUAAAGGAUUAUUAUGAUUAUGAUUUUUAUUACUAUGGUUAUUGUUGACAUUAUAGUCAACAUUAUAGUACCCCCCCCCCCCCCCCCCCCCCCCCCCCCCCCCCCCCCCCCCCCCUCCACACACACACACACACACACACAGACCUCAACAUUAUGUGACAUUCUUUAUACUCAAUAUAAUCUUUAGAAUUGUCCUAAUAUAUAUUAUACUAUUUUUCUUCUGACUUUGUUCUCCAGAAAAGCGGCUGAUCUCGCUGUGUGUCGGCUGUGGACAGCAGAUCCAUGACCAGUAUAUUCUGCGGGUCUCUCCAGACCUCGAGUGGCACGCUGCCUGUUUGAAGUGUGCAGAGUGUAAUCAGUAUCUGGAUGAAUCGUGUACCUGCUUUGUCCGAGACGGGAAAACCUACUGUAAAAGGGACUAUGUCAGGUAAGAGCUGUUUGUUAUGAAAUUUAAUAGCGUUGAUAACAUUGUUUCUUAUUGAUUGAUUGACACAUUCACGUAUUAACUGGCUAUCGUGUAAUAACAUGGUUAUACAGCGGACAUCAACAUUUAUUUUAGAGUGACUAUAAUAACUGAUAGUUUGGACAGCUGUAUUGGAAAGUAACAUUUAGAUAUUCUAUCAAAAAUACCGUUUUAUAUUGGAUUUUCAGACCACACAGUGUUAAUAUUGAUGAUUUUUAUCACCACCAAAUCAGCAUAAUUGCAAUUAAGUUGUUAUUAUCUUGUCAGUAUAAUAACAGGCUAGUAAUAAUAUUGUCGAAACCCACAUCAGGACUCACAUGGUUAGGUGGACUUUACUGUCGAGUUACUUUACAACAGGUUUUACAUAUUCAGUACAAACUAUUUUAUAGAAACAAAUGUUUUAAUGUACUGCAAUAUUUUACUGCAUUGAUGGCCUUUAGUGAAGUCUAGGGCGAUAUUAUUUACAUUGGCCUAUAAUUGAAAUAAUCUGUUAUCCCUCAAAUUGGCCAAAUAUAUUAGGCCUACAUAUAGACUACAAUUUAAUUAAUAUAUUCGACAAUUUGUAUCGUUAUCGCCUGUAAUAAUAAUAAUAAUAAUAAUAAUAAUAAUAAUAAUAAUAAUAAUAAUAAUAAUAAUAAUAAUGUUACUAUGAGUAUUCUAAGAAUAUUUCAAGAUAUAAUAGCCCUAUAUCUAUAUGCUCAUGAUAUGUGUUCCAUUCUCCUCUGUUACCACAGAACAGGUCUGUGCUUUGUCUUUAUGAAUGUAACAUUUUAAACAGGUUUCAAGUAAUCUCGUGUGAUGUGAACACGCCUCAAUAUUAAAGCCUAACAAUCCUGCUUUAAAAAGAUGUCCCUGUGUUUGUCCUAUUAUGCGCGCUGCCCAGCCACAGUAACGCCUAACAGUGGGCCGUGGGCCUUGUGACACCGUUAGCCGACUCUGACCGGUCACCCAAUCUCUCUUUACCCUCCAGGUUAUACGGGAUAAAGUGCGCUAAAUGCAACAUCGGUUUCAGCAAGAAUGACUUCGUGAUGAGAGCGCGCUCCAAGGUGUACCAUAUCGAGUGUUUUCGGUGUGUGGCCUGCAGCCGACAGCUCAUCCCGGGGGACGAGUUCGCUCUCAGGGAGGACGGCUUGUUCUGCCGGGCCGACCAUGACGUCGUGGAGCGGGCCACAAUGGGCGCCGGAGACCCCCUCAGCCCCCUCCACCCGGCCCGACCUUUACAAAUGGCAGGUAGGUUAACACUUUAUAUCAAUGGCAGUGCUGUUUUUGGUUUAUUUUUUGUGGGCUUGUUGGCUGGUGUAGGUGUUGGCCAUUCGGUUGAUGUUGUAUUUAUUUUCUUUCUUUCAUGGAUGGAAAUUAUUUAGAUUUAUUUGUGAAAGGGUAUUCAUAUUAAACACAUAAAAGACAAAGACGAAUGUAUAGCAUCAUAUACUCAAAUGUUUCGAUAGGCUAAGCUUUGUCAUGUCCCAUAAUGCAACAGGCUACAACGAACAAAUAGAAGCACGAAACCCAAAACGUAUUUUAUUGGAGAAUGUUGUGAUGAUGAGCAGUUUUUCCGUGUAGCCAUACAUCUCUACAGUACUGGCCUGAGUUUCAAUAUACAUUUCUAACACUUACAGGCAUCGUGGAAUAAAUUGAAUAUUAUAUGCAAAUAUAUUUGCUGAUAUAUUUGUUUACAUGUCAUAAAUAUAAACCGAUAAUGUAGCCUAUUUUUUUUUUUCCUCCAACUAGUUGGAAUACUAGUCGUUGCAGUUGUUUUCGCGAACCACAUUAUCGGUUUGUGCAGUGAUUAAAUACAUUUGCAUAGAUGCGCUUCUUGUCAACGUCCCUGGCAAGGAAUGAUAUCUGGGAUAUCUGUGGCAAAGUCUUUUCAUGGUUGAAUGAUGGGAGAGCCUAGGAAUUAAAAUCCAAUGUUUGAGCUAGUUAGAUGUAGAUGGUAUUAUACGGAUUGUUCGUACUGAAGCUUGGGGGUGGGGGUGGGGUGGGGGUGGGGUGGCUAUGGCCUGGAUAAAUGUAACCUACAUGUGUGCUUUAUGCCACAAUACUGAUAUCAUUGUUUUAUGUGGCUUUUGGGGGGAGUUAUGCAAGCCAGUUUGCCACGCAUUCAGAAUGGUCGAAUAUACUAUUUCCUCAGGGUGCGUACAUAUAGGCCUAUGUGUAACCGAACUCGCAGCUAGUGCUGACCUUAAACAGACUACAUAACCCAAGCUCGGCAGAUAGCCACAGCUAUACUUUGACAACACUUCGUUCAUAAGGAAUUAUCCAAUCAUAAAGUCUGCACCAAUGUAGUAAGAAACGUAGGCUAUUUGACGGUCCAUUCUCACGCCGUUGCCUGCGCCCUGGUCCACGUUAAGACCGCAAAUGCUGACCACCGUUUUUCCAAUACAAGUAAUUUACACUAUAUGUUAAAACUGACACGAAUGCACUUUCACUGAAAGUUAUAACCAUUUUACUUUAAAGUUAUACCGUUUUAUAAAUGACAUAAUCACACACAAGCUAAUAUCAAAGUAUACCAACAUACAGCCCAUCCACGCAUGAUAAGGUGAUGAUGUUGGACGUUCAUUUUGAAAUCCAGUGGUAUCUCUUGUUACCCAGGCCUAUAGCUGUUAUAAAACAUGGGCUUUGCUCUUUCUUUGUUGUUGAUUUGUUGUUGAGACGUGAUCAAAUUCUCGGUGGAUUCAGUGAAAAAUGUAGGUCUAAUCAAAGUUUGGACGAACUGAAAAACGGAAGUGAAAUUGAUUAGUCCGGAAUGGGAUUGGUUGAUAGUUGAAGUAAUACAAUAUUUCCAUAAGGCCCGGAUAACAACAGGCUGAAUGUAUACUCCAUACUAAGCGGCACUGCUCGGUCGUUUCGGUAAAUCAUUAUAAGGCCUAUAGGCUACCGUGGGUUAUUGUGCUGGUGUAGUUUUCAAAGUGUAUAUUGUUUUUGUAUUCUCAACUUUUGCAUCCCAACACAAUGUCUUUUUAUACAGCCACGGUGUUGAAGUGCCGAUAGAUAAUGAUUUCUUUGUCUGUACUCUUCUCUUUCUCAACAGCAGACCCAAUAUCAGCCAGACAGCCCGCGCUCCGACCGCACGUCCACAAACAACCGGAAAAGACCACUCGAGUCCGGACGGUCCUUAACGAAAAGCAGCUCCACACGUUGCGGACCUGCUACAACGCCAACCCCAGGCCCGACGCACUGAUGAAGGAGCAACUAGUCGAAAUGACCGGCCUCAGUCCCCGAGUCAUCCGGGUCUGGUUCCAAAACAAGCGCUGCAAGGACAAGAAGAGGAGUAUUCUGAUGAAACAGUUACAGCAGCAGCAGCCGAACGACAAAACGGUGAGAACCCUGUCUGGUCUUUAUUAAAUAAAGGAUUCAAUACAGUGGUGUUCUUAUCGGUCAAAAUGCUGGUAGCUGUUGUAACUGUUUCAUUAGAAUACUCCUGUUCUUGUCUGGUCAUUUGAUGUCAUGAAGGAACUGGGGUGAAAUAAAAACAGGGACCUGAUCCUAUGCGUCUGCUUGUGAAUGCGUAAUAUAUAUCCACACGCAGACGCAUACGUGCCCUUUUUAUUUAGGACACCCAGCCACACACACACACACGCGCGCGCGCACACACACACGCGCACGCACACACACACACACACACACACACACACACACACACAAACACACACACACACACACACACACACACCUCAAAUAUCCAGCAUGCCCCUUACGCACCAAGCAUCUCCAUCCUAUUCUAAAUACCUAAUGUUGUGUUUUUUGUUGUUGUUGUUGGGUCAAUGUUGACGUGCUAAUUUUUGAACUUUAUAUGACGAGCAGUUUCUCUGGGACUAUCUGCAGAAUAUCCAGGGAAUGACGGGCACUCCGAUGGUGGCGGCCAGCCCGGAGAGACACGACGGUGGUUUGCAGGCUAACCCAGUGGAGGUGCAGAGUUACCAGCCGCCUUGGAAGGUCCUCAGUGACUUCGCGUUACAGAGUGAGAUCGACCAGCCCGCGUUUCAACAACUGGUGAGUUCAUAUAUAAAUAUAUAUAUAUAUGGGGAGAGACCGUAAGCUGUUUUAUAACACUAAACUGUCUGUCUGGGAGACAGUGUAAACGAAAUAACAAGUAACGGUUAGAUUGUCAUUUUAUUGUUUUUAAUGUUUAAUGUUAUGUUAGUUAUUAUUUGAUAUAAUUAGGCUAUUGAUAUGUGACGUAAUGGGGUAGAAAUGCAACUGUCAUAUGGAGGGCAGACAUUUGACAUUUAAUUUUAUUGCAUUGUCUAAAAUAUACAAUUGAAAUUAUAUAUUGACCUGAUAUCUUGACGUGUGUCAAUAAUGUGAUGUAUUUGUUGAGAUGUCACUGUCAUAUCCAAGACAGACACUAUACAUUUAAUAUGAAGUGUUUUGUCUAAAAUAUAUUAUUGACAUAAUAUAUAUUGACCUAAUGUCUUGACAUGUGAAUAAUGAUAGUCAGCCUAACAUUGUUCUGUUGCUUUGUUCAGGUCAAUUUCUCGGAGGGAGGCCCUGGUUCCAACUCAACAGGGAGCGAAGUUGCCUCGAUGUCAUCCCAACUUCCGGACACACCCAACAGCAUGGUCUCGAGCCCUAUAGAGUCGUAGGGCCUCGCCGACCGACUGUAAACUACGUCAGACUAUGUCAUAUUUCCGACUGAUGACGAGUGGAUGUUAGUUGGACAAAGCCGGACUGACUGAAAACCGAAAAAACUUGACUCGGGUUUGAAAGAAACAAUAUGUCACCUCUCUUGUUGAUUUCAUUCGAACUGAGAGAUAAAAGAGAAUCCUCCAACUGCACGAAGCCUCUUUAACUACGAAACAACACCCCCCCCCCCCCCCCCCCCCCCCCCCCCCCCCCCUCCCCCGGUUGUAGUUUUACACUGUGAAGACAAUCAUGGGAUUAUUACCCUACCUAGAUCUGUCCAAGCGUCCGUCAUACGUCCAUCUGUCCACUCGCCGCAAAAACAACCCUGGAGAAGAGGAGAGGGGAGAGAUGACCGUGGUGUAGACUA